AUAGAACUUUGGUCACACUUCAGCAUAUUCGUAUUGAUUUUAUUUUCAGAAAAGUCCAAGACAAAGUUGUGGGAAACAUAUUAAAAAGCCACCGAAUAGUCAUCUAAAUGCAAUUUGGUGAACAAAAAGGCCACAAGUGCAAUUAUGGGAGACAAUGAGCAAAAGGCCCUUCAGCUUAUGGCUGAGGCGGAAAAGAAGCUGACACAACAAAAAGGUUUUCUCGGCUCACUUUUUGGUGGCUCCAACAAGGUCGAGGAUGCCAUCGAAUGUUAUUCGCGAGCUGGCAACAUGUUCAAAAUGUCCAAGAACUGGACUAAGGCUGGCGAAUGCUUUUGCGAGGCAGCCACGCUGCACGGACGCGCCGGCAGUCGUCACGAUGCGGGCACCUGCUACGUAGACGCCUCCAACUGCUACAAGAAGGUGGACGUCGAGAGCGCAGUCAACUGUCUGAUGAAGUCCAUAGACAUUUACACCGACAUGGGACGCUUCACAAUGGCAGCCAAGCAUCAUCAGAGCAUUGCAGAGAUGUAUGAAAGCGAUCCGGCAACCCUGGCCAAGGCUGUACAGCAUUAUGAGCAGGCGGCAGAUUACUUCAAGGGCGAGGAGUCGGUGAGCUCGGCCAACAAGUGCAUGCUGAAGGUUGCCCAAUACGCUGCCCAGCUGGAGGAUUAUGAAAAAGCAAUAUCGAUAUACGAGCAGGUCGCUGCCUCCUCGCUCGAGAGUUCGCUGCUCAAAUAUAGCGCCAAGGAGUAUUUCUUUCGGGCCGCUCUUUGCCACCUGAGUGUUGAUUUGUUGAAUGCGCAACACGCAAUCGAAAAGUAUGCGCAACAAUAUCCGGCAUUCCAAGAUUCACGAGAGUUCAAGCUCAUCAAGGUUUUGUGCGAGCAUCUGGAGGAGCAGAAUAUUGAAGGCUUCACAGAGGCAGUCAAGGACUAUGACAGCAUCUCACGCUUGGAUCAGUGGUACACAACAAUAUUGCUGAGAAUUAAGAAGGCCGCCGACGAGGAUCCCGACUUGCGAUAAGGACACAGAUCUAUAAAAGCAUAACAAAUAAAAAUCUAUUAACGCAUAUGCAACUUA